CUGGGAGCAUCAUUCAUUUCAGAUAAGAUGGAAAGAAUGGAAGACAAUGAUCCUAAAGAAAACAAUGUUGGGAGCCCCAAGGGAGGGUUGAUCACCAUGCCCUUCAUUUUUGCGAAUGAGAUCUGUGAGAAGUUGGCUGUGGUAGGAUUUAGUACUAAUAUGUUAAGCUACUUAACAACACAGCUUCACAUGCCAUUAACCAAAGCAGCCAACACUCUCACAAACUUUGGUGGAACUGCAAGCUUGACACCGCUGCUAGGAGCCUUCAUGGCCGACGCAUACGCCGGUCGGUUCUGGACUAUAACGGUUGCUUCGAUCAUAUACCAAAUAGGGAUGACAUCUUUGACAGUAUCAGCAAUACUUCCACAACUUAGGCCACCACCAUGUAAAGGUGAGCAAGUGUGCCAACAAGCAACGGCAGGACAAUUGGGAAUCCUCUACGGAUCUCUCUUACUGGGAGCCUUGGGAUCGGGUGGAAUCCGACCUUGUGUGGUUGCAUUCGGGGCGGACCAGUUCGACGAAACGGACCCGAAGCAAUCAACAAAGACAUGGAAGUACUUCAAUUGGUACUACUUCGUGAUGGGGGCAUCAAUGCUGUUGGCUGUGACGGUGCCUGUUUACAUUCAGGAUAAUAUUGGGUGGGGAUUGGGGAUUGGAAUUCCCACCAUCGCCAUGUUUCUGUCAAUCAUUACUUUCGUCGUCGGCUAUCGGCUUUACCGACACAUGGAUCCAGCAGGGAGCCCAUUUACUCGGUUGUUACAGGUCUGUGUGUCGGCUUUCAGGAAGAGGAAGUUGGCCAUGGUUUCUGAUCCCAACUUGUUGUACAUGAAUGAAGAGCUUGACGCCUCAAUUUCUAUAGGUGGAAAACUUAUUCACACUCAACAAAUGACAUUCCUUGACAAGGCAGCCAUUGUAACCGAAGAAGAUAUGGUAAAACCCGGGAAAGCUCCUAAUCUAUGGAGACUAAACACUGUCCAUCGAGUGGAGGAACUGAAAUCAGUGAUCCGAAUGGGACCGAUAUGGGCGGCAGGAAUCCUUCUCAUCACAGCCUAUGCUCAGCAGAGCACAUUCUCCCUCCAACAGGCCAAAACCAUGGACAGGCACCUCACCAAGUCAUUUGAGAUCCCUGCUGGUUCCAUGACUGUCUUCACCAUGGUCUCAAUGCUCUGCACCAUAGCCUUUUACGACCGCGUUUUAGUCCGUAUUUGUCGAAGAUACACAGGGCUUGACCGGGGUAUCACCUUCUUGCACCGGAUGGGAAUCGGGUUUGUGAUUUCAAUAUUUGCCACUCUGGUAGCAGGCUUCAUUGAAGUGAAGCGUAAAGAAGCAGCUCUAGCACAUGGGCUUCAAGACAAGGCUAAGGCAAUCAUUCCAAUUUCAGUGGUGUGGCUUGUGCCUCAGUACAGUCUUCAUGGAGUAGCCGAGGCAUUCAUAUCUAUCGGGCACUUGGAAUUCUUCUAUGAUCAGUCACCCGAAAGUAUGAGGAGCACUGCCACCGCACUGUUUUGGACGGCGAUUUCAAUCGGAAAUUAUGCGAGCACGAUGCUGGUUUCUUUAGUACACAAAUUCAGUGCUGGAGCUGAUGGAUCGAAUUGGCUUCCGGAUAACAACUUGAACAAGGGGAAAUUGGAGUAUUUUUACUGGUUGAUCACUGUCUUGCAAGUGGCUAAUCUUGUUUACUACAUCUGUUGCGCUAAGCUGUAUACUUAUAAGCCGAUUCAAAUCCAUAACAAAGACAACGAAUCUGAGGAAGAUGGAGUGGAGCUUGGAAGCAAGGUUUAGUUUUGAAUCUGAAUUGUUGGCAUGUAAAGUUCUAAAUAAUAUUAGUAAAACCAAACCAGACACUAGGUCUAGUCUAGUAUUACAUUUUAUAGCAGACCAAAAAUAAAACUUGAGAAACUAGUUUCUAUUUCUCUUUGUCAAA